CCAUUCCACUCUUUCGUGUAGGAUGCGUUAAAAAUUUACAACUUUGGUGUUCGUACGAUUUUUUGUUCAUUCGUCAGCAUAUGGUGCAGAUAUCGCGUAUGUGUGUGAUUCGUGCGAACAUCGAGCUGAUUUCGAGCGUAGUGUUGGCGUGAAAAGAACGUAGGAAAAUAUAUCAUUGUUCGUUGGACGGCUAAGUAACGCCGGUGAGGGUGUUACGUACAAAGUUUAGUUGAGCCGCGAGACUUUGUCGAAAAGAGGGAUAAUGGCCGAUACCGACGGUAAAAAGUUGACCGAACUACGCGUUAUCGAUCUCAAAACGGAGCUCGAAAGACGUGGUCUUGACAAGACCGGCAACAAAGCUGCUCUUCUUGAGCGUCUCUCCAAGAAUGACGUUUUUCAGGCUAUAUCGGAGGAGGGUGAAAAUCCAGAGGAAUUUCUGAUUGUACCUUGCAUAGGAGUCAACAAGAUUAGCCCUCGUAAGAACAGUGCUACGGGAGUAGCGAGUCACGACGAGCCAAUGGACACUCAUGACAGUUCAAAAGAAGAGUGUAACGAUGCUCAGGAGGGCGCAGAGACAAAGUCCAAAGAAGAUUCUCCUCCAAAAGUUUCAGAAGACGAGAUAAAUUCAGCUAAAAAACAACUGAAUUCUGAGCCACAAGUAAUUCUGGAAGAUGCAAUGAAGAAAGUUGUGAAACCUCAAGAAUCCAAAGCAGAAUCCAGUGAAAAAGUUAAUAACGAGGCUAGCGAAGAAGUUAAAGAAUCUGACAACAAGGACGAAGAGGAGAACUCUGGAAAUACUGAAACAAGCGAAUCUCCAGCUUUGCCAGCUCCAGCUCCACCUGUUGUCACUCCAACUACUCCAGCACCUACUCCUGCACCUUUAACCAACAGCUCUAUCGAGGCAAAUGGAAUCGACAACGAAGACUCUAUAAAUCUCACGAUUGGAGAAGACGAAGAGAACCUCCUUGCUGAGGAGACGGAGACUCACGUCAGGCAGAAGGAUGGAGGAGCUAAGAAGAGAAACGAAGAUAACAAGAAGGUCGACACUAAAGGGAGCAGCAGAGCUGACGGCGGGUCCAGCAACAAGGAUGUCAACUCGUCCAACUCUAACGCAGGGAUCAAGAGCAAGCUGGACGGUGGCGAUGGAGGCAAGAGUGGGGACUCCAACAAUAAGGGACCAAAGAGAGAUGAAAAGGAUAAGAAAACUACCCAAUCGAGCCCGGCAAAUGCCAGUAGUCGGAAUUUGUGGGUAUCCGGACUUUCGUCCACCACUCGUGCCACUGACUUGAAACAAAUAUUCUCAAAAUAUGGAAAAGUCAUUGGGGCCAAAGUUGUAACCAAUGCAAGAACACCGGGUGCUCGAUGCUAUGGCUACGUUACUAUGUCGACCAGCGAAGAUGCAGCCAAGUGUAUUCAACACUUGCAUCGUACCGAACUUCAUGGUCGUGUGAUUUCUGUUGAAAAGGCGAAGGGCGAUUCGCAGCAGGGACACAUGCGUAAAAGGGAUUCGAAUAACGGCAAAGUAGAGAAAAAAGAAGAAAAAGAUGCGAAAGGAAAAGAUGGUCACGAAUCGUCGGAAAAGAAAGACAAAGAUGUUAAGAAGGACGUUGACGAAAAAGGCACUGAAACUGCUAAGAAAACGGACGAGAAGGGUGAAGGGGCAACGGACGAAAAGAAAAUCGAUGGUGGUACAGACAAGAAGGAAGAUCCUACGAAGGAUGCUGACACACGUUCGACCAAAUCAACGAGCAAGAAACCUGAGAGCGAAAGGGGAAAACGUGACGACAAACGCAUUAGAACUUGGGAUCAUCAUCGUUCGCACUCAAGAUCUCGCAGUCGAGAACGCAGGAGACGUGAUGACGUACUGACUUUUGCAAAAAUAAGGGAAGAACGAGAACGCCAGAGACUAAGGCAGAGGGAAUGGUUGCUGAGAGAGGAAGAGAGAAGACGCCGCGAAGACGUUGAACGACAGCGUGAGAUCGAGCGUCGUCAAAGAGACGAAGCUGCUCGAUUGGAGCGUGAGCGCGAGAAACUGCGACGGGAACGCGAGAAGAUUGAACAAGAGAAAGCUGAGCUGCUCAGACUCGAACGCGAACGUCAAAAACUCGAGCGUGAAAAAUUGGAACGCGAAAGACUCGAAUUGAAGAGACAACAAAUGCGUCUCGAAGAGAGCAGACGAGCUCCGCCACCACCUUCCAUCAAAAGAACAUCGAGCGAUCGCAGGGAUCCUCGCGAUCUGUACGUCGAACCCGAUCGCAAACGUAUCGCAGCUGAGCACAGUCGCAGACACAGUCCUGAUCGUGUUGCUGACAGACGUCCCGAAAUUCUCGACAGAGUAUCCGACCGGCGGCUAGAUUCCUCGCCACCUUCCAGAUAUGACUCUACUAGAUCAACACAAGAUCUGACACUGAAAAAGGAUUUCAAGCGAGGCACAGAAUUCUCAUCGCGAAGCAGCCGACCAGAAACCUUCCCGGAAGUAUCGCGGGGAAGGGAGGUGAUUGUUCGCCGCGAAGCUCUUCCGACACCGUCGUCAUCGAUCGAUUCUCGUCAAGUUAAAGAACGCAGAUACGAGCGUCCAACUACGACAACUUACGGUCGUGAGCGUGAGGUUCGAAGAUCAGAGCCAGAAUCGCACAGAAGUAGCAGAGACAGCCAUGCUCGUUAUACCGAGAGUUCGAAGCCACCGGGAUCCAGUGCACCUCGUGAGAGCCGAUACGGCGACAGUAAUCGUGCACCUAGCGGAUGGCACUCUGGACCACCGUCCACUAAAUCAUUCAAUUCCGUACAAAGCAGCGGACCUCGCGAUCCUCGAAACGAACCAUCUAGCUGGAGCAGUCGCUCUUCGGACAACGUCAAUAGAUGGAGUAAUUCUAGUAGCAUGGGAAGCGGUUUGAGACAUCCGGGUCCACCGAUGUACCAGGGAGGGCCAAUUCAAUCGAUAGGAGGAUUAGCAGCACCGGGAACAGCACCAUCCUACGAUCGUUUCGAUCCUUACAAGUCAUCUAUGCCUAUAAGAAAAUACUAAUCGAAAGAAGCGUGAGAGAGAGAGAGAGAAAGAGAGAGAAAUCACCGUUUAUCAAUCGCUACAGGUCAAGAUCAACGUUUCACAAGGAUCAUUGAAUAAAGAUCUAGUGACCUACGUGAAAUACGCCUUGCUGGAGAAGAAAGAGAAUCAGAGAAGUAAAAGUUUAAGAAUUUAUUAGUUUCGAAGCAUGGAGAAAUGUAAUAUUUCGCUUGACGUUGAACAACGUCGAAAGGGAUAAAUGAGAAAUGAAUUUUAAGAAGGGAUAAAUGGAAGAGACAACAGUGACGAAUUCGUCGGGGAAUACAAAUUAAUAUCAGCGGCUAGUAAGAUUUAUUUCGAAACUUUUUCGACAAUUCGGUGCAAAAAUCUUACCGGAAGUUUUAAACUUAUUACAAACACGAUAGUUUUCAUUCUUCCGUUUUUCCCCAAUCAAUUUUGUAGAUACCGUUGUAUCUUUUACACCCAAAAUGCUUAUUUCUAUUUCUGAUGAAACUUCAAUUGAAAUAUUACAAAACCAAUCACACCCUUCGACAUAAGUGAUACUGCUCCAUCGAAUGACUAAUACUUCGGAUUCUAACCGAAUAUUCAAGAGUGUGAGGAAUAACGAGUGAGUGAAUUACGAGUUUGUUCCAUCUCCGAAGCACUUGAGAACAGGACGAUGUUCUUCGAGAGUACGUAUAUUGUGAAGAAAAAAAUAUUGAAUCAAUACGUAUAAUGUGUACAGCAUAUGACUACUUAUAUAUACGACGUUUCUGUAUAUUUGUUAAUAGACAUUGUACGAUCUCGACUAACUUACGAGUGUUACUGCGGUUUUGUGUUCUCGGCAAAUGACUCGUUACAUUCACGUACACUCGCUUCUUUCACCGGUUGUUCGUUACAGCGUUUUUCUCAUCUGGUCACGAAAAUUUUUAACCAUUUUUCAAAAGCGUGUAUGAAGUGGGAAAAAAAACAAACAAACAGAAAUAACGAAAUAAGCGGAAAUAAAAAUCAAGUACGAAAGUCAGACUGUAUCAGAGUUGUACGAUGAUAAAAAUCACUGCGUUCGUAUGUUUAAUAGUUCGCUAAAUUGUUUCCACCGUUUAUUACUGUACAAUGAAGUUUCAGUGUUCAAUCGAGUUCAAUUUAUUUCUUUAGUUUCUCUCUCCCCACCUGCCCCCCCCCCCUCCUCGUUAUUGUUCAAUAUUAUUUCCGUUAGACUUGAAGAAAAAAAGGGAGAAAAAAGCGCAGAAUGAAUGAAUAUAUGCAACUAUGUAGUACACGAUAAUUCCAAUUAUCCAAAUAAAUUUACAAGUACCACAAUA